CAGAGGACUAUUGCUGUUCUUUCUUUCUGGCAAUUUGUUGUGAGUGCUAAUAUCUAAUAUUUUAGACAGAAGUACACUCUUCUAAACCUUUCAGAACAGUUGAGGUAAUUAUUAAUGCAAAACAAGCACAGCAGAUGUUCAGUUGUCUCACAAACACUGAGCAACUAAACAGUCUAUAAUGGCACGUAUAUUUUGGAUCUGCAUUUUUCAGUUCAUCGUGUACAUAAAUGCUCAGCAAAGAUCAUAUCUAAUCACUGCACCCAAACUCCUGCGACUCGAUGCUUCAGAGACGGUGGUGGUACAGUUGUUUGGCUAUGAUCAGGAAACCAAAGUGGAUCUUUACCUAAAGAGAACGCUGGCAAUAAAAGAUAAAGUGUAUGCAUUUCAGCCCCUGAAGCUCAAUGCCCAGAAUAACUAUCAGGGUGUUGCUACUUUACGGAUAAUGUCUCAAGACUUCCCUAAGGAGGACAACUCUGUCUACCUUGAGGCAAUUUCUAAUGGCUUUAAAGAACAUCAAAAAAUUCCAGUCACUACUGUCAAUGGUUUUCUCUUUAUCCAAACGGACAAGCACAUUUACACACCGGAACAGGAGGUUAAAGUGCGUGUUUACUCCCUAAACGAGGAGCUGAGAAAAUCUAACCGACCUGUAAUCCUUACAUUCAUAGACCCUAAAGGAAUCAAGGUUGAAAUGAUUGAUUUGACAGACAUCAAUGGAGCAAAACCACUUCUUCCUCCUUUCAAAAUACCCCUUAAGCCAACUUUUGGAAUCUGGAAAAUUGUGGCCACCUAUGCCGAGACAUUUCAAACAUCUGCCACUGCUGAAUUUGAGGUCAAGGAAUAUGUGCUACCCAGCAUUUCACUCCACAUUGAGCCUGACGCAAACUACGUCAGUGCUGAGAACUUUGAGUCUUUCAAAUUGAAGAUUUCAGCCAAAUAUAUCCAUGGAACGCCAGUAAGUGUGGCGGAUGUGUUCUUGAGGUAUGGAUACUGUUUAGCAGAAACAAUUGUCAUGAUCCCCUCAACGCAUUCAAGACAUAUGAUGAAAGAUGGAAAGUUGGAAGUCACUCUUAACAUCAAGUGGGCUCUGUCGAAGAUGCCUGAUGGGCCUCAACAACUGAGAGACAUGGGCGAAAACAGUUUUCUUCGUGUGUCAGUUUUACUGCAAGAGUCAACUGGUGGCAUUUCCCAGCAGGCAGUGCUCUCAAAUGUGAAAUUUGCACAAUCUCCUUUUACCCUGAGUCUGAUUGCAACUCCUCCUUUCAUAAAACCAGGCUUACCAUACUCUAUUAGAGUCUUGGUUCAGGAUCCUUUGGGUGAACCAGUAAAAGGUGUGCCAGUCAAGGCAAGAGCAACUAUAACUAGAGUUAACAAUGAACAAGAACAGCUCAAAUUCUUAGGGUACCUGGAUACAAUUACAGAGACAAGUCAGAGGGAUGGAAUUGCUCAUUUCAUCAGUAAUAUACCUGAUGAAGUGGAAAAAGCUGAAUUCUCUUUUGAGACAGCGGAUAAUUCUUGGAAUCAGGCUCAACUUACACUAAAGGCUGAAUCAUAUGUGUCUAUCAACCAUCGUUACCUGUACAUCAAUUUACUAUCGGAAUCAUCACAAUUUAAAGUUGGAGAGUAUAUUAAGGCCAGCAUUUACUUUCAUUAUCGUGACUAUCUUUCCCUGAAGACCUUCAGCUACCAGGUCAUCUCAAGAGGCAAAGUUGUGCAGUUUGCCACAAUUGAUCGUGUCAGUGACAAGAGUCAGAGCCUUAACAUUCACGUGACCCCUGAAAUGGUGCCAUCUGCUCGCCUACUAGUGUACUACAUCCUGUCUGGGGAGAUAAAAGCUGAGCUUGUGGCAGACUCUGUGUGGAUUGAUGUUAAGGCCAACUGUGUGAAUAAUUUAAAUAUGGACCUCUCAACUCUCAACACACAGCGAAGCUAUGAACCCAAAGAUAAACUUGAAUUAAGCGUGUCAACUAAGAGCACCAGAGGAGAGUCCCUAGUGGCUUUGUCUGCUGUAGACACAGCCUUGUACAAACUAAAACCUAAUGAUAAGGACCCAAUGAAUAAGAUACUGCGACAUGUUGAGCAAAGUGACUUGGGAUGCGGAGGAGGAGGGGGCAAAAAUAAUGCUGAUGUGUUUGACCGUGCCGGACUAACAUUCAUGACCAAUGCAAAUGGCCAGACCCCUAGCGCAGCAGGGGUUUGCACAGCUAAGGUUAGGCCAAAGCGUUCAGGUGACCUGAGUAAUGAGUAUCAGAAAAUUGCCCGUCAAUAUAAGCUGUGCUAUAACUUCUGCAUAAAAGGGACACAAAGUGACCCGACCCUCACAACCUGUACAGAUCGUGCUAGGAACUUGGUGGGUAGGUGUAAGGAUGUCUUCAUCAAAUGCUGUGAAGCUGGUAUAGCACUUCGUAAAAAGAAAGAAAAUACGAUUUUCCUAAGUCGUGCAGCAAUAAAGUUUCUGACGGAUACGGCACCAUAUCAAAUUCGGAGCUUCUUCCCUGAGAGUUGGCUAUGGGAGGAACACACAAUCAGCAAGUCUGGAUCAGUCAUUAUCAAAAAAAGUCUCCCAGAUUCACUGACUACAUGGGAGCUGAAAGCGAUUGGGGUUUUCAAUGAGGGGAUAUGUGUGUCAGAUCCUGAAAAUGUUCAGGUGUCUCAGGAUAUUAGUGUGAAUGUCCCUUUGCCUUAUUCCAUGGUGCGGGGAGAGCAGAUUGAGCUCAAGGGGUCCGUCUACAAUCAGCUUUCUUCAAGAAUUGAGUACUCUGUGACCUUGACUGCACCAGAGGGAGUGUGUGUGUUUCAUGGUAUUCAACGGGGGAAAUAUGGAGGACUACAUGAAAACAAGGGGAUUAUAGAUGCUCAUUCUGUGGCCUUGGUCAAAUUCUACAUCAUGGCAUUGGAAGUGGGCACUCAUACACUCACUUUCACUUUAAAAACCAAAUCCUGGACUGAGAGUGUGGUCAAGAAGUUGAGAGUCGUGCCUGAGGGAAUCAGAAAAGAAAUACCAACUGGAGGAAGGAUAGAUCCAAGGGGUGUCUAUGGUACUCCAAUACAUAAACUUGAGUUAAAAACCUCUGUUCCUCCAAAAAUUGUGCCAAAGUCAGCUGUGGAACGUGUUCUCAUUAUUGAUGGUGAAGUACUGGGGAAGCUUCUGUCAAUAAUAAAUAAACCAGAGGGUUUAAAGCAGUUGACUAACCUGCCAAGAGGCUCAGCAGAGAUGGAGCUCAUGGCUCUUUUGCCAGUCUACUAUGUCUACCACUACCUGGAGAGCACAGAGAGAUGGGGCAUUCUGGGGCAAGAGGCAUCUGCAAGUCACAAGGAAUUAAAGAGGAAGAUGCAAGCUGGCAUCACAAGCAUCAUGUCUUUUAAGUUGACACGAGAAUUUGCCUUUAGCAUGUGGUCAAAUGAGGACAAAUCAGCCAGCACAUGGGUGACAGCUCUCGUUGUCAAGACGUUUACUGAUAUGAAUGAAUACGUCCCUGUGAAAAACAGUCUGCUAGUCAACACAAUAAAUUGGCUGAUAACACAGUGUCAAAAUAAUGAUGGUUCCUUCACUGAGAAAUCAACAAUCAAACCACUCAAACGUAUGGGUGCCGGAGCAGAUGUCACUGAAGAGACAGUUUAUCUCACAUCUUUUGUCAUGAUUGGAAUCAAUAAUGCUCUGAAGAUCCAAAAUGUUAAUUUACAGGCCUUUAAAAUUGCAAUAGAUCAAGCAGCAAGAUACCUCUUCUCUCAGACGGCGAAGAUUAAAAACGUAUAUGUCAGAGCCAUUGCAUCCUACGCCCUGACACAAGCAGACAUAAACAGUAUGCCUGCAGUCAGACUUUACGAGGGACUCAAAAAAGAGGCACAAAUUGAAGGUGACCCGGUCACGGUUCGUUUUUGGGGUAACCAAAAAGUCAUCAAGGAUCAAUUAAAACCCAGUAAAGCAACAGCAAAGAUGGUGGAAACAACAGUUUAUGUUCUGCUUAAUGCUUUACUUAGAGGGGAUUCCAGCUAUGCAAAACCAAUCCUGAACUGGUUAACGCAAGACCAGAGAUAUGGAGGGGGCCUCCAUUCAACACAGGAUGCUAUUCUCACUUUGGAAGCCCUAACCAAGUACAGCAUCCUAACCAAAGAAUCCGCUUUAGACAUGGUGGUCAACAUUGAAUACAGGACUAAAGGUGACAUCAGUCGCAUCAAACUAACACAGCAGAAGCCAGUGGCAAAACCAAUAGAGGUGACUCAAAAUGACGAUAUCAUCAUCAAAACAACAAUGAGCUCUGGCGUGUCGUUUGCCACAUUGAGAACAGUGUACUAUGAAAUGACUGAAAGUAAUGAAAACUGCCAAUUUGAUACUUCAAUUGACAUGCAUGACCGUAUACCAAAUUCAGAUGAUCCUAUGCUUUUGUCACAGCGGAUUGUGGCUUGUGCAAAAUAUAAGGCACCAGAAAAUGCAGCUGACAGGGAGACAGGACUCACUGUCAUGGAAAUUAAUUUGCCGACUGGAGUGAGCCCAGUUCUGGAAGAUCUAGAUAUGUACCAGGGUGGAAUUGAGUCUCGAUUUUCCAACUAUGAAGUCAUGGGUGACCAAGUUAUCCUUCAAAUUGAUUCAAUACCCUCAGACAAGUUCUACUGUGUGGGUUUCCGCAUUCAAGAGGAGUUUGAAACUGGCAUGGCCAGUGCCUCUGUAUUCAAAGUUUAUGAAUUUCAUGAUCGAGCAAAUGAAUGUAUAAAGUACUACUAUCCAAAAAGCCGUAGGCUGUUACGACUUUGUGAGGGAGACCAAUGCCGGUGCAUGGCAGCGGAAUGUUGCAACUUUAAAUCCACCACUGAUUCCAGGAUCACCGUUAACCAGCGCUUAAAGGAUGUGUGCAAAGAAAGUGUAAAAUAUGCUUUUAGAGUGUUAAUUCAAUCCUCUGAGGCAGCUGGGGAUUUUGUUACUUACAAAGCAAAUGUUGAAGCAGUCCUCCAAAAAGAACAAGCAGAUGACAUAAAAAAAGAUUCAGAGAUAGAAUUGGUUAAAAAGGCAACUUGCAAUUCAAAUUUUGAAGUUGGCAAGAAGUAUCUAAUAAUGACUGCUGAGAGCAUACAGAUGCGAGUGGGUCAUGUUUACAAGUAUAAGUUUCCUAUGGACUCACAUGCUUGGGUGGACUGGUGGCCACGUGACUCUGACUGCAAAGAUGAAGCCUGCAGACAACAUGUCAGCGUUUUGAAUGAUUUUGAAUUCGAAUACAUAUUAUCUGGCUGUGGGGAUAAGUGAUCAAAUAUAAUGUCAGUCGAAGAUAUCAUUCUUAUGUCUGUUGUUAUUCUAUAACUUUGUUGGGUUUCUUGCACAUGACAACAUAAUACAAAGAACUGAACAUAUGGUACAACUGGCCUAAAAGGACCCUUAAAUAAAAUGUAGGCUACUAUUUCUGAUCCUAAAGUGUAUUAUGAUUUUUUAAAUGCUUUUGUUUAAAUAUAUUGGUAAAGAAUUUGUGUGAAAAGAAAUUAUAAAAUGUUUUGAUUAAAAUAUAUAAGGGUGGCAAGGGUGGCAUUUUCACUACACUUCACUAAUGUAUGGGCAAUAGUGGCAGGGCAAAAUUUGUUACUGUAUGAAAUACUUUGGAUAUACUGUAGAAAUAUUACAUUUAAAUGAAUACUUACUCUAAAUAACCACUUCAGAGGGGGGUUUCUGUAUUUUUCAAUCAGUUCUGGUAUCUCAUAAUCUUGAAAAGAUUGUUUAUUUGUUUUGUUUUUUUUUUUUUACCUCUGUUACCCAGCCUGUAUUUUUAAUCACUUUGAACAAAGUAAAAAAAAAAAAAAAAACAUGAAUAAUAAUUUAGUAAAUUAUUGUAGACUGUGCACUUAGUAACUUUUGUCUUUGUAUUGUCUAGGACUUACACUGACACUGAGCGGCUUUGAUACAGCAUCAUAGAAAUAAAUCAAUAGUUUUCAGUUUCAGAUGUCAUUGUAGAAAUGUAGUAUUCACAGUCAGCCAUGAUUACUUUAAUAAGUGAGUGAAAGUGUCAAAUAACAGGAUGGUUACUGAGAUUAAGUGAGUAGUAUUCGGCUGGUCAUGUGAUUUUAACAUGGGAGCCCCCAUGUGCGGACCCCCUCCAUGUAGAAUAAAACAGAUUUUAUAAGA